AUGUCGGUUCCGCCUAGUAAUGUGAAUGGAACAGCGGGCGAGACUGGCAUGACUGAUGGCAUAAAUCCACUCACAAGCCCAGUGCCGAGGCUCUCGCUCGCGCAGGCACCCAAUAGAGAACAAGGCCAUUCACAUCCUCAAUUUAUGCCAGCACCAGGCCAUGCGCAGAGACCAGCGAUGGGACCGUCACAUCACAGACCUCUGAGCCGUGAAGAUGGUAUAAAUGUUUCUUUCCCGCUAACUAUCGAGCGUGCGCUUCGAUUUCGAACUUAUGCAGAAUCGAAUCAGGACCUAAUCGGCGAGCUACAGAAGUUCGGCAUACAUUCUAUACGCUUUCAAGGUCUACCCGCAAAAGAACCACAAUGGCGUCCACAUCCUUCUAUCCCUGCCUAUCCUGCCCCACGUCCAAAUGUGAUGCCUUAUCAACAACGAUAUAUAAAUCCUCCAGAUGAUAGGCCUCCUAGUAUAGGGAAGAAACCGCGACCUGGUCAGAAGAACCCGCCCAAACCUUCCCAUUCACUGCCUCCAAAAGUGUCUGUCAGCCACUCGAUGCCCCACGGUCCAGUGAUAUACCAACCUGGUCCAGUGAUAAGACCAGCACCCCCCUCGAGCUUCCCUCCAGGAAGGAAUUUCGGAGUCGACUCACGAGUUGUCCAUCUUCCAAAUAGACGUAUGUACAGAAUAAGAAAUGUCACACCUUCACCUAUGAUUCCACUCACCUCUCCCGAUCAGAAUUCAAUAAUCAACCAAGUUCCAAUGGAUCAAUCGAUUCAAGUCGUUCCCAAUAUGCAGACGAGUCCUAUGAUCAUGACUACUCAGGGAGAAGCUCUGCCAAAUCAAAACGAGCAAGUGAAUCUAGCGACUAUAGAUGGAAAGAACCACCUCCAACAGAGCAAUGGCAUCAACAACUCGGUCCCGCUCGGGCAUAAUAAAAUAUCACAGGGAAAUGGCGGCGCGAAUGUGAUCCCGCACUCUCCGGGAAUAUCAUCCCAUCCACCGAUUGCCUCACCAACCCAGUCACAGUCAAUUUUACCUCAAUCAGCUUCCCACGAAAUCCCCACCGACGACUCGGAGUACUUGAACGAACUCGUCAGUAAAUUUGCUCCAGCUCCUGGGCAGCUUUCUAACCACCAAGACAGCGAGAAAGCUAAACAGAGCAUUCUCAACUUUCUGCUGGAUACGAAGCCACUUCCCGCUUCACCGAGCACCACUGAAAGCGGGCACAAUUCUCUACCUGACUCUAAUUCCAACGUUGCACCUCCUACGAACAGCUUCCCGAGUCAGUCUGGUGAGAAGAGCCAACCAGUGGUGACCUCUCCGGCCCACCAGAACAGCAACUCUGCUUUAAACGAAGAGAACUCUUCCUCUUCGAUGGGCACCAACGAUGCCGAUGUGUUUAAAAAACCGCCACCACCGCCAAGACAGAAGACCAAUCCAACAUGA